CUGCGAGUGUGAUCUCUGUGCCGAGAUAGAACAACACCUAGAAAAUAUCUUGUCUCUGGGAUUCAGAUAGUAAAUUUGGAAGGAAAAAAAAUAUUCUACUAAUAAAUUAAAAAAUAGCAAAACUGAUUUGGUUAAAACGAUGCCGUUUUCCAAAGGCACAAAGGUCUCUCCCACUCUCAAUCGCAAGACUCAUACUCUCAAAGCGCCGCGCCGCGCCGCGCCGUCGAACUCAAAUCACCCUCUGUCAACCGGCGGCGCCGUCGCAGGAAUCGAUGAAGUUGCCUGAAGAAGCAGCGUCGCAAUCAGUUCCUCGCUCGCUAGAGUUUUGGAUUCGUGUGUUUGAGGAGGUUAUUUAUGGCCACUUGUAUGGCAGCGAUUCAACGAAUUAUUCUUGACUCGUGAACUUGGCAGAGGUAGUGUGAAUUUACGUUCGAAAAAUGCACGGUCAGCCUCGCAAAGCAUUGAAGCAAGAAGACGAAGCUGCUUUAUCAGCCAAAGCAGAAAAACUCCGUUCACUCCAAGCUCAGUUCCUCGCCAAUCACCACAACAACAUAUACAGCAAGGAAACGCUAGAUGUGAGCGCUACACAGCUUGGAAUUACCGAAAGCUCGCCGUUCAACAUCUUCUCUCUAAUAAUUCCGAUUCCGAUUCCCACUCUAUCUUCCAAGAUGAGCUCAAACUUGUGCGUUCUCAUUCUCAUCGUUAUUAUAAUUUUCAAUUGGUUAGUUAUUUUUCAAGGUGGAGAUUGCGCUGAGGAAAAAUUUCAAGUCUUACGGCGCGUGGCAUCAUAGAAAAUGGGUACUUAGCAAGGGGCAUUCGUCCAUGGACAACGAAAUGCGCCUUCUGAAUGGUUUUCAGAAGGCAGAUCCUCGGAAUUUUCACGCCUGGAAUUGCCGAUGGUUAAAUACUGCUUCCUUUUGAUGUUUGUUGUUGAACUGAUAAAACAAUCGGAUGAGGAUUGAGUUGAAAUACACAGAGGAAGUGAUAGGGGCUAAUUUCAGUAAUUACUCUGCAUGGCACAACCGCAGGGUCAGACUCUUUUUUCUGCACUUACUGAUCAAACAGUGAGAACUGAUCCUCCUCUACUUGUUUCAUCUUGGCCUUAUCAUGGAUCUAAGAUAACUCUAAUUGGGGACAAUGGCCUUCAUGGUUUUGGUUUGUCUCUGCUGAGUGGUACACUAUCAGACACCAGAACACUUCCAAUCAUUCUUUAUUUCAAUCAGGCUGUGAAAGGAAUAAGCUCAUCCACAGUGACUAUUAAAUCUGAACUUCUAAAGGAGGAACUUGUAUGGAAACCACUUUCAAUGAACAAUUCAAAUACUGCUCAGGUUUGGGUAGUAUAUCUAAACCUUGCAAAUCUGGAACUUCAACUGUUGAAAACUUACUCUGUGGAGAUCAACAUUGGACAUUCUAAGGGCAUAGUAUCUUCAAACGGAAAUCACUAUGGUGAUCCUUCCCAAAUUUCCUUUAAAGUGUUUGUACAGACUUCAUAUACUGAACUGACUGAAGGACAGGGUGGAAAAAGGACUACAUGGAUGGAUACAAAUUUGCAAAAAAUUGAUCAUUUUCAGGAAUCAGAUUCCAUUGUUACUGCAGAUCAAAAUCACCAUAUUCCAACUUCCAACUGGUGCACUGAGGAAAUUGUUCAAGAAAUUACUAAAUUUCAGGACUUAUUGUCAGAGUAUGACUGUAAAAUUGGAAGGCUUACACUUGCAAGACUUCUGACUGCUCUUGAUAUGUUAUCAUCUCAACAUGAUGGAAGAAAAUCUAAUACUGAAGAAGUUCUCCAACUUUAUACCGAUAUGAUGAAGUUGGAUCCGACACAUUCUAUAUACUAUAAGGAUGAGUGUAGUUUGAUAUCACUAAAGCGGAUAACUUCAACUAGGGACUCUUUAAUACCAUACUGCCACUACUAUAAAGAUGCAACAGAAACAGUUUCUGGUAAUGUCUGUCUACGAUUACAAAAUCUAUCAUUGUCACGGAUAGGAUCCAUUCAGAAUUUAUUGUGGGUGCAAAUGCUAGACCUUAGCCACAAUGAACUUCGACCCAUUGAAGUGUCAAGGCAAAUAUUUUGGGGGUGUGGCCUCAAACGAGAAGGUGUUCCCUCUUUCUACGAAGUUCACUACUCUCUGGUAAUGGUGGUGUGGCCUUAAACGAGUGGAAAGAUGUUCCUGAUAUUUGUAAAUCUUUUGCUGAGAAGUAUGGUGAUAAAAUAGCAUUAGUAGAUCCGUAUCAUGAUCCUCCUUCAACUAUGACAUAUAAACAGGUGUCUUUUUUUUUUAUACCUCUUUUUUGUCAUGACUUGUGAGCAGACCAAUAAAAGCCCUAGUUAGAAGAGUUGGUCGAAUGAGGGAUAGCUCAAUAAUUAAUGUAGAGGAAAACUCUUAAGUGCCUUUGAAGACUAUUAAAAGGAUUCGUUUUUUACAUAUCUAAAUGGCCUUUGAAGAAUCAAUUUUUUACAGAGCACACUGAUGUGGUUUGAUCCAUGUAACCAACCCACCUACAGGGAAAUGCUUUGAUUGUUGUUAGUGUUGUAUAUGUCUAGUUUUAUUAAUCUUUGUCUCCACUUACUGAAGUUGUAAUGUUCUGGUCAUAUGUUCUACUAUGUGACUUAAUCUAAAGAUCUAUUGAUGGAAUGCAAAUCAAUUUCAAA